CGCCGUGUCAACUCAGACUAACCUAAGCUAUUGUUUCCCAUUGGGCCAGUCUCUCCGUGUCCUGCACUUCGCCACCCCCUUCCGCAUAGUAGGGUCGACUAUACUGAGCUUGACCAAUGGGACGUCUCGGAUUGGGACUCUUCAUUGCGGAUGCUUGUCCUUAGAAGAUAUUCAUUCCGGGGCCACUGACUGUAGCGAGGGUAUAAAACAAAGAGACCAAUUUGAGAAGUACAGGUCAACCAUCGGACUCAUCCAUAGGAAUGCUUUAGGUCAACAACAAUAUACAGUUGUGCUUCUGAUGCAAGUCAUCGAGACAAGCCUGAUCUGCCGACGUGUUUAUGCUGACAUCACAUGACAAGACAUGCUCAUAGCAACGUCCUACCUCGACCAGAUCCUCUUCGACAGCAUCCAUAUCACAACAUGACCAGUACUUCGUCUGAAAUCGAGAUAGCCGCCCAACACCUUGCCAAGGCGAAACGAAUCGUCAUCCUGACAGGCGCGGGCAUCUCCACCGCCGCCGGAAUCCCCGACUUCCGCUCCCCCACCAGUGGUCUCUACGAGAAACUGGCACCCCUCAAGCUGCCCUUUCCCGAGGCGAUUUUCCAUAUCAGCUAUUUCACCCAUACUCCGGAGCCAUUCUACGCCAUCGCAAAGGCUCGCCAUCCCCGCUGCCUCAAACCGACCAGAUCCCACGCAUUCCUCGGUCUGCUCGCGAAGAAAGGCCUGCUCCAUUUCCUGUUUACCCAGAACACCGACGGUCUCGAAGAAGAUGCCUUCGUCCCCGCAGACAAGAUGCUUGCGGUGCAUGGGAACUGGAAGACGCAGCGUUGUCACAAAUGCAACACGCCGUACCCGGACGAGCUGAUGAAGAAGGCCAUCGCCAAGAGAGAAGUACCGUACUGUCUUGAGGCGAGGUGCAAGGGAGCGGUGAAGCCGGAUGUGGUCUUCUUCGGCCAGUCGCUUCCCGCUGCAUUUGAUGAAAAAGAGAAAUUGGUAGCCGAGGCGGAUCUGGUGAUUGUUAUGGGCACAAGCUUGAAGGUUGCCCCGUGCUCGCGGCUACCGCGUUUGGCGAGGGAGGGAGUUCCACGGAUCCUCAUCAACAUGGAGAGUGCGGGGGACUUUGGUACACGACCAGAGGAUGUUCAAAUCCUUGGAUCGUGUGAUGAUGGGUUGGAAAAGUUAGCCGAUCUGCUAGGCUGGUCGGAUGAACUGGACAGUCUCUGGGCUGCGGCUGCGGCUGCGAAAGAAGAGCCGACCGAUGACGAGGAAGAGAUCAGCCUAGACGAGUGUAUUAAUCGAUUGGUCCAGGAGAACCAAGGAAAACAGGUGUCCGACGGACAUAAGCGCAUGCUAGAAACACACUUGCAGUCAAAAUUUGCCCAUUUGCUUCGGUCGAGUUAGACCAGAACGAAUGCAGCAAGAUACGCUUAUUGACAAGCCAGGGAACAUAAAUCAAUACGUAUCUCAUCUCUUGUCUCCAAUUGCGUUCAAAUUGGGAAGCCUCUCCAACAUCAUCUGAAGCCAUACGGUGAUAUAGGCAAUAGGGGGGCAGCACCACGGUCGUUCGUCGAUAUACAUGGUGGAAAAGUGAUCAAACGUCCAAGGAGUCGAGCCCUGCAGCAUCGGCCAUGACCAGAGAAGCGGAACACCUGCCUUACCCAUAACGCAGUCACCUCCAGCUCUACCCUUUCAGCUUCCUGCCAUCCUUUUUCGUCCUAGAAGUUGAAUCAAAGGUGCCGAUGCGCGUCAGAUUACCUGUCAUCUUGUAGCGUAGAUCUGAUAUCUCUGCCUGCAGACUCUCCCGUUCCUUCCACUCUUCCUAGAACCGGU